AUCUAUACGAAGAAGCUUAAGACAUCACCAUGGAUCAAAGAAGUAUAACUUGAAGAGUGAGGGGAAAAAAACCACAUUAAUCGAUCAGAUUUAGAUUUAUUUUCACAUCUCGUGGUAAUUUAAUAUGAUGGUGAUUUAAUAUUGCUGCUUUUUGUAAAAAAAAAUGUAUCGUCUGAUUUAGAAGAGACGUUAUUUCGUACAAUUGAGAAGGAUUAUGACAAUGGACAGAGUAAUGAAAAUAUAGAACCAACGAAUCAAAAGAAAUCUUUAAAAAAAUUAUACUGAAUAAUUCGUUAAUUUUUGCUGUUUAUCUACAUACUUCUAUCAUGUACACUUGCGGCUGGAAGGAAUUGAUUAAAAAUAAUGACAGUUAUAAGUAUGAACCUAAAGCCAUUGAAAAACAACACUGUGCAACCAGAGUAUGUUUUGUGCAAAUGGCUUUUGAUCAUGACGAGGAAUGCUUGGUUGUAACAGAUACUAAAGGAUACUUACAUUGUGUCGAGUUGUCUGAGAAUCCAUGUUAUAAGAUAUUAGGAAAGAUUGGACGAGCUACUUUCUUAGCAUUUAAUCCUAUAUACAUAGGGGAGAUACUAAUAGGACUUGAUACAGGUGAUAUAAAGAUUUGGAAGCUUCAUACAAAUAUUGAUGAGUUUUGUUUAUUAUCCGGUCAUAAAUUAGCACCAAUACAUGUUUCCUUUUACAAACAACAUUGUCUGACAAGUUCUCGAAACGAAGUGAUAAUAUGGGAUCUACAAUCCUAUAGCAAAGGUCAUCAAUUGAAAGUUAAAGUACAAAAUGUUAUAAUCAAGAAAGCUGCCUUUUCAAAUGCGGGUCACAUUGUUGUGUUAUAUCAUAAUGACACUAUGCAAGCUUGGACAUUUAAACAGUUGCAUAAGGACACCAAAAUUGAUACAAAAAUAUUUGGAACACGUUAUAUCAAAGAUUUUGUCUUUACAAAAGAUGGAAGAGCUAUGAUAAUGGCUGGUGCAAGAAACGUACUUAUUCUUAAUACAUAUGAUUGGAGUUUAUUAAAGAAACUAUGUUUGCCUAAGAAUUUUGUUGAAGCUAAACAAUUAUCUGUUGUUCCAUGGCCUUUGGAUGGUGGAGCGAAUAAAAUCCUUGCAUUUCUAUCUUCGAAUUGCGUUCUUCAAUUUUGUGACAUAAACGCAUCAGUCUUUCUUGAAACGCCUAUUCUUAUUAGUAAAAUUAAAAAGUUUAUAGUUUCGUCUGCUGGUAAAUAUAUAGCACACAUAGAUCAGGAAGGUUGUUUAUAUAUAACAUAUGUAAACAAAAUAAUUUACAAAAAAAUUAGUACUCAACCUGACAAGCCAUUAGAAUUACAUAGAAUAUCCGCGCACAAAAUAAGCGAUCAUUUGGAAUGUAUUAGACAAAGCAUAAAACGAGAAUUAAAUAUGAAACGAUUAAUGUGUAUUUUAAAAGAAUUCGGGGAAUAUCCGGAAAAAUAUCGUACAUUAAUUUGGUCUACUAUUUUAAAGUUGCCAGGUAAUAAAAAUGCUUAUAUUGCCUUGGCAAGUAAGGUAACGCGUGGAAAGUUUGCAUCAAAUACUUUAAAAAACUUUCCCUUAGCAGACAAAAGUAAGGCAUCAUUGUUAGCCAUGACAAUGGAUUGCUUGCUGCAAUGGUGUCCUCUAUUGAUACAAAGUCCAUUUCUUCCCAAUUUGAUUUUUCCAUUUCUUAUGGCAUUUCAGAAAGAUCCUCUACUUGCCUUUGAAUUGAUUUUAAGUAUAUUAUUAAAUUAUUGCCAAAAGUGGUUUGAAUAUCAUCCUUUGCCACCAUUGAAUAUUUUGGGGAUUAUUGAAAAUAUUUUUCUAGAAGCUGAUCCCAUAUUACUAAACCUUUUUUGCGAAUAUGGAAUUACAAGUAGUGAAUAUGCAUGGCCAUUACUUCAAACAGCAAUGAGUGAAGUAUUAUCGGGAGAUGAAUGGUUGAUUUUAUGGGAUCAUUUAAUAUCUUUUCAAAAGCCUUCUCUAUUGUUAAUGUGUGUCGCUGCAUACAGCAUCUCUUUAAGAGAAAAUAUAAUUUCAUUAAUAAAGUCAUCUGGAGAUAUUAAAACACUCUACAGCACUCAAAGCCAUAUUAGAGCCAAAGAUUUAUUAAAAAUUGCGAGAAGAUUAGAUCGAGAAAUAUCAAAAAGAUUGCAUCCUGAUUGUUACUUAAAGGAUAAACUGUUGCAAUUGAAUCAUAGUGGACCCUAUCUUUCCUUUAUAUCCAAAGAGUAUCCAAAAUUCCUUAUCGAAAAUUUCAAUAUUGCAGAUUUGGAAAAAUUAAAAAUGCAAGAACAAAAUUUGCACAAGUAUCGUAAAAUUACAGAUUUGCUUGAAAAGAGGAGAUUACAUGCAGAAACCAAGGCUUUUGCAAAGCAAAUUCAUGAAACAAGAAUGAAUGAAGUACAAAAAUGCUUUCAAGAUCAUGUUAAUGAUCUAAAUUGGGAAUGGGAAACAUUCUUACCAAAUAUAGAAAAAGAUCAAUUUCGUUAUCACUUGUGUAAAAAUUCUAAUUUGCCAAUUGAAAAAAUGCAAAAAUGUAAAUGCAUGAGUAGAGAAGAUAUAAUUCCAAAUUUUGAAGAUACCAACUCAAAAAAUUAUAAAAAGUUGCAGCAAGAUGUAACAAAACUCGAGUAUGAAGUAGAAAAUUUCUUGGAUUCGUUGAGAUUUCAUAGAUCAGAAUCUAAAAUUAAUUAAAACUAUUUUUAGAAUGCAAAAAUCAUUUAAGAUUUCUGUUCGCUUUUCGUCAUUAUUAUCUCAGAUUAUGAUGUUAGAAGCGAGAAAAUAUAUAAUAAAAAUUCUUGCGGGAUAUAUCAAAAUGGAAAUAUAUUUCAAUAAAGCAAUACAAGCGGUUUGUAAAACAUAUCGAAAACUUUCCUUUUGUUUUAUUAAUAAAUAAUAUAUAAACAAGUUUGGAAAUGAAUUUUGUAUAAUUAAAAACGAAAUGAGCUAAGUUCAUAGCU